AUGGCUAAAGUAAUGUUUUCUGAGGAGGAUUUGAAAUCCUACUUAUACGGAAAACUACAAAGUGAAUCUAUAGACACGGAGUCCAGUUUCCUCCCACCAUUAGUUCCACGUCAGGUCUGCAUCCAGAGAUCCUCAAUUCCAGGAUCAAGUUUUGGAGUAUUUUCAAAACUUUGGAUCCGCAGAGGAACAGAAAUGGGCCCCUAUACUGGAAGACUGUUUGCAGAAAUAGACAACAGUGUUCAUAACAAAAACACAUGGGAGGUUUUUGACGAACGGGGAGAGGUGGUGUUUUACGUUGAUGGGGGUUCGGACUUGUAUCCUUCCAGCUGGUUAACUUGUGUCCAAUGUGCAAGAAGUGAUCGUGAGCAGAAUUUAGAAUUAACACAAAUCGACAGGCAUAUUUUCUACAGAGCCAUUAAGGAUAUUGCUCCUGGAGAGGAACUGUUGGUCUGGUAUGGCCAAUCUAGCAUAUAUCACAUGGGCCUUCCAAUGACGUCACAACCAACGAGUAGUGUCAGCAAAAUUUCUAGAUGUAUCAGUGGCAAAGAAGAAAAAUGUAUCGAACAACACCCAACAUUGAUGGACAACGUGGAUAAACUCAAAUGUGUACUAUGCAGGCGCGGCUUCAAUUCUCGCAGCAACCUUCGUUCGCACAUGCGCAUUCAUACGAUGGAGAAACCAUUUACUUGCAAGUUCUGUAACAAAUGUUUCAGCCAAUCAUCAACGUUAAGAAACCAUGUCAGACUGCACACAGGAGAGAAGCCAUAUAAAUGCUACGUAUGUAGGAGUAGCUAUUCUCAGUUAGCUGGACUGCGAGCUCAUCAGCGCAGCGCUCGACACAAACCAAUACCUAACCAAUGGAUUAUCAUUCUAAAAGACCAGAAACAUGAAGUGAUGAAGACAGAAAAACUAGUACACACACAGAGCCGAGAGAGGACUCGUCCUUGUGAACUCGUUCCAUUUACGAGUCAAAAACCAGAGUACAUUCAGAAAGGUCUUGAAACAGUUAAUGCACAUGACAAAUAUAAAUGCCCUAUCUUCUCUCAUUCAGAAGUUAUCGGAAAUGUUAUUUCAUAG